AUGUUCUUUCGUCGAAGCGCCACCAAAGAAAAGACGCAAGAAGACUCUCACCCAAGCGACCCAUCUUUGUUGGACGGCACGCUUGGCCAUCAGUCCUUCCGGACCAAUACAUACGUCGGAGCUACAUCUUUUCCAAGCCGGCUCCUCCUCGAGUUGAUUCCGGACGAUCCUCUUUCCGCCUAUCAGCCCGCUAUCUCUGGCUCCGAGAUUCGCUGUGUCGGAAAACACGGCCACUUCGUUAUUACCUCGGACAAACACGACGUCGUUGACGCUCAGCAGUCUCUCCUCGAUCAAAUCGAGGAUGCAAUUUCGCCACACGGCCCGCAUCUUGUGGAAUUGUACUUUCGGGUCGUACACCCUAGCUAUCCUGUGCUUCACAAAGACGUGCUUCUUGAGAAGUAUAGUCGUUCGUAUCGGAAACUCACACCGGCUUGCUUGACCGCUGUCUACAUGGUUGCCAUGGGGUGGUGGUCUUUCAGCGUUGAGCUGGCGCAUGCUCCGAAGCCGGACGUCGGCGCUCUGAAUGGACUGGUUCCAGCUCUUAUGGCGUUCGACAAGCGUACCAAGCUUGUUGCAGCCGCAGAAGAAGUUGGACUACACCGCGAUUGCUCAGCGUGGCAGAUCCCAGCAUGGGAGAGAGGUGUGCGCAGGCGAGUAGCUUGGGCGGUAUUCGUCCAGGACAAGUGGGGCGCCCUUGUGCACGGCCGCCCUUCGCAUAUACAGGUGAAGAAUUGGGACGUCCUUCCCCUCCAACAAUCCGACUUCCCGGAAGCACUCGACGACGAUGACGACGAGCAGGGAAGCUCAGAAGUCGAAAGAGGUGUUCUAAUCUUCAUUUACAUGACGACUUUGUCACAAAUCUUAUCUGACAUCAUCGAGGAACUCUUUACAGUGGAAGCAAGCAAUCGGAACCACAGCACAGCUGAGUUGCUGAGUAUCGUGAAGCCGAUACAGCUUCGGCUGAAGGAAUGGUACAGCUUACUUCCGCCAUGCCUCGACCUUAGUGCUACUCGUUCGAAGAAGUUGUCGGCUACAGGACAAUUGUAUCUGGCGUACUUGACUGUCGAGGUCACUCUCCACCGAGCAAUCUUGGAAUCUGAAGCGCAGCAACCGCUGAACGCCGAGCUAAGGCAGAUUACGCGAGAGGCAGCAAUAAUGAGGUUUAAGUCUGUCAUCGAGUUCCUUAAGCUGCUGCAGCCUCAGCACAUGCAAGCCUUCUGGCAUUUCGCGUCAGAACCCUCUCUGGCUAUUAUCACCACCUUCUCACUGGUCCUGCUCGCAACCAGCAGAGCUUCCGCAGAGUCUGCAGAGAUCUACUCGCUCAUUGUCGAAUAUAGAUGGCUUCUGAAUAUCAAUGGGCCAGGUGCCGCGUUUACGAAGACUGCAGUCGAUAUUCUCCAAGCGAACGCUGCAUUCUUAUCAUCAUUUCGAUCCGGAGGUGCGCAGAUUAGCGGGCGCAAUGCCACCAGUGACCCUCACAACCGCCGCACCGAUGGUCCAGCACGACCAGAACUUACACCCGAACGAAUUCAGGAAACCAUCGGGCUAGCUCCAUUCAACCCAGAGCUGGGGGGAGCGACGCGAAGCGAUAGCCCUUCAUUGUCUGGUCUCGCGUUCACGCCCAGCGAUCUGUGGUUUUAG